AUGUAUUUUCAUUCAUUUGGUAAAAAAGUCGGUGUUGAAUUAAUAAAAUGUGCAACAAAUGCCAACAUAGGAAAGGACAUUUUUAUUCCUUUAUUUUAUGUUCUACAAGAUAUAUUAAUGCCAAUUUUUCACCUCAAAUCAACUCAUCCUCGUCGCAGCAUUUACUCUAACAUCAAAAAUGUGCCUUCUUCUCACUUUCAUGUGGUUGAACUUGCAGACUUAGCUCCUUCGUUUGCAAGAUGUGAUAAAGCAUGGACGCACUGA